AUGGAAUCUGAAAAAAGUAAAAUUAUUAUGUUAUUUGUGCUUUCAAGCUUAAGUCUUUCCUAUCCUAGUCAUUCUAGGACAAGAAGAAGAAUUAUCCAGCCUGUUUGGAGUUUAGAAGAAAAGAUACUUACCCGACCACUUGUAGGAUUGGAUACACCAAGAAAACCAAUCUCAACUACGAAUACUCCAUUACCUUGGGGUCAUCAAAUAAAAUUUAAAGAAUUGCUUUCGAAACUCGAUAGAGAAAGAAAACCAUAUCCUUUUGAAGAGAAUUACCAAUGGAAACCAUUUCCAAUUGAUCCCAUAGCAUCAACAGGGCGAUGGCGUAUUGGUUGGAGUGAAGAAGAAAAGAACUGUCCAUCAGGUGAACUUUACCCCGGUUGGUGCAAAAUUCAUGAUUGCGGAAGACUACCUCCUGUCCCAGAACUACGAAUGUUAAUUCUCUCUUACCCGGAAGCCCAAGCUAUGGGUUCAAAUUCCAACCGAGGGCUCAUUGGUGGGAUGGUCCAUGCCUUUAGUUGGUAA